UCAUAACUUUGAGGUCCAAAUUGAUUAACAUAUCUUUUAUGGUUGUUGUUAAAAAAAAACGGUCAACUUGCGAAAAAUACAAUAAGGACUUCAGAAGAAGCACGAAACGGCUCGGAGACGAAAGUCAAAAUCGUAACCAACCCGAAAAAAAAAGCCAUCGUCCCCAAUUCAGCGCAGCCUCGAGAGAGAGAGAGAAUUUGGUAAUGGUGUUCAACAGUGCGACGAUUAUGGCGGUAGCAGAAGUCUCAACGGACACGUGGCAGAUGAUAUGGAGGGUACCGUCGUCGCAGAGGAUCAAUACAGAGCAGCUUUUGGACAUAGCUGUUUGCUACCCGGUGCAUCAGUUGGGUCGUUUCGUGCUCUGUUUAUGGACUUUCAUGUGUCUCCCUUCUUCUGAUUCUUUCUACUCAUACACCUACGAGACUUCUUCAUCAUCGGAUGUUGAUGAUGAUGAUCGACUUGCUUUUGAUCAUAAUAAUCUUUAUCAUCAUCGUGAUUAUUAUUCUGAUGAUGAUGAUGAUGAUGAUCGAUCUAUUUCGUCGUUUGAUGAUGACUAUUAUGAUCAUUACUCUCAUUCAGAUUAACAUGUUUUUGCUUUCUCUUUUUAUAGUUUUUUUUUCUUCUAACUUUUUGGGGUUUCUCUGAGGUGAUUUGAUGGGAUUAGGUGAUGAUUCCCCUGUUUCUUGAAAGUUACAAUCAUUUUUUUUUAUUGUUGUUGUUGUUUAUGAGUUGUAAAAUGUUACUAUUGGAUAUAAUACUAAAUACAGAA